CGGAAAAGUGUGUGGGGUUUGUGACAACACAACACAACAAAGUAUAGCACUUGGAAGUGUGAAAAAGCUUCGUUCCUAAACCAAACCAAACAACACAAACUCGCAUUAGGGUUUCAGAAGAGCGAUCACUGCAUCAUCAUCAUCAUCAUCAUCAUCGAUGGCCAUGGCUGCUGCUCUGCGACGCGAAGGGAGGCGUUUGGCGCAACCCAUCAACGCCCUCCAAUCCCAUUCCUCUCUCAUCUCUCAAGACCAAGCUCCUCAUGGGGCUCGCUCCAUUUCCACUCAAAUUGUGAGGAACCGAAUGAAGAGUGUGAAGAAUAUCCAGAAAAUCACCAAGGCCAUGAAGAUGGUUGCCGCAUCCAAGCUGCGUGCUGUUCAAACCAGAGCUGAAAAUUCCCGUGGCCUCUGGCAACCCUUCACGGCUCUUCUCGGUGACAAUCCCAGUGCUGAUGUUAAGAAGAACGUUGUUGUUACCAUUUCUUCGGACAAAGGUCUUUGUGGUGGAAUCAAUUCCACGUCUGUCAAGAUAAGCAGGAUUCUGCACAAAUUGAAUUCUGGGCCUGAUAAAGAGACAAAGUAUGUUCUAUUGGGAGAGAAGGCUAAAGUUCAAUUGGUACGUGACUCCAAGAAAGACAUUGAGCUCACCCUAACUGAAUUGCAGAAAAACCCCCUGAAUUAUACUCAGGUGUCUGUCUUGGCAGAUGACAUUCUAAAGAAUGUGGAGUAUGAUGCAUUGAGGAUUGUUUUCAACAAAUUUCAUUCUGUUGUAUCAUUUUUGCCAACAGUGUCAACAAUACUAUCUCCCGAGGUUAUUGAGAAAGAGGCUGAAGCCGGAGGAAAGCUUGGGGAACUGGAUUCUUAUGAGAUUGAAGGUGGUGAGACAAAAUCAGAAAUUCUUCAGAAUCUGGCCGAUUUUCAGUUUUCUUGUGUCAUGUACAAUGCGGUGUUGGAGAAUGCUUGCAGUGAGCAAGGAGCAAGAAUGUCUGCCAUGGACAGCUCUAGCAGGAACGCUGGGGAUAUGCUUGAUCGUCUCACCCUAACCUAUAACAGAACUCGUCAAGCAUCAAUCACCACUGAAUUGAUUGAGAUUAUAUCUGGAGCUUCAGCACUGACUGGUUAAUUGCUGGAGAGCAAUCUCUGUAAUAUAUUCAACAGUGGCGAUAUUAAGAUAGUAUCGUUUGUCCUUUCUAAAUUGCUGGUGAAACAUUUUUUUAAUCUUACCUUCGACUUCUGUAAUAAAUGUUCCAAGGUCAAUCCCAUUUAGGGAAUUUCGUGGUUGACCAGAUAUUUCUCCGGAAUUGUGUUUUUAAUGUUAAGGUGGAGUCUGUCUUUUUUUACCGGGAAUGACUCAUCACAAGAUUUUCCAA